AAAAUCUCACUUCUUCUAUGACAGAACCAAGUGAGACCCUUUUCUCAUCUCAUCCUGUGUCUUCUGUACACUUUCUUUUCCUUUUUCUCUCUCACUACUGUCUUUGGGGUGAAGAUAUGGGUGACCCUUAUGGGCUACCGGAGGAUCUCCGGCGGCUUAUACCAGCCAGAAGUACCCAUUUGAACCCUUCAAACACACACCUACUUGAGCCACUUUGUCUUCACCAUGGUCUCAGUAGUGCUGUUUCUUCUGCUACUACUCCACACACUAGUUUUGACCCCAACAUGGUUGGGGACGUUUUCUUCCCUCGUGGUUUCACUCACCACUUUGCUCAUCAUCAUGAUUAUUCUUCUUCCUCUGGUGUAAACCCUGUUGUUACUGCUACUGCUGCUGCUACUACUACUGUCUCGGAUCAUGCAUUCUGCAGCAUGGAGAGUGCAGAGAAAGGGUGGUUUGGGUUUGACUCCGGGAACAACAGGUGGCCUAGACAGGAGACCCUUUCGCUUCUAGAGAUCAGAUCUCGUCUUGAUUCCAAGUUCAGAGAGAACAAUCAGAAAGCACCCUUGUGGAAUGAGAUUUCUAGGAUAAUGGCUGAGGAAUUUGGGUACCAAAGAAGUGGAAAGAAAUGCAAAGAGAAGUUUGAGAAUUUGUACAAGUAUUACAAGAAGACAAAGGAAGGUAAAGCUAGUAGACAAGAUGGGAAGCACUACAGGUUCUUCAGGCAGCUUGAAGCAAUAUGUGGAGAUCAAGCAAAUAACGCUCAUCAUGCUCAUGCCUCAACUUCUGAUAAAACCCAUCGUGCUGGUGGAAACACUGUUACUACUAAUCAAAAUCAAACCUGCACAAUUAACCAAGACUACAAUAAUGGUAAUAAUUCUAACAAUAACCCCAAAUGCUCAGAGUGUUUGAGUAUCUCAAAUUCAUCUGAAUUCGAGACAUCCUCAUCAGAGAACAAUGAUGAGGAUCUCUCAGCCAUUGCAUUCAUGAUGAAGCAGCAGUCAAGGGAUGAGAAGCAGAAAGGGUUGGAUGAUCAUAUUCAUAGGCAAAAUGAUCAAUAUAGGAGGGUGAGAAAAAGCUGGAGAGCAAAAGUGGAGGAGAUAGUGGAUUCCCACAUGAGGAAGAUCAUAGAGACUCAAGAUGCAUGGAUGGAGAGAAUGCUGAGUGUUGUUGAGCAAAGAGAGCAAGAGAUGGCAUCUAGGGAGGAAGAAAGGAAGAGAAAAGAGUCAAUGUGGCUUGACAAACAGGUUCAUGAACUUUGGGCUAAAGAGAAAGCAUGGGUUGAAGCAAGAGAUGCUGCAUUGAUAGAGGUUGUGAGGAAACACAUUGGGAUAGGGAUAGGACUUGAAGCAUUGCCAUUGGUUGAAGAAGAACCACCAAAUAAGAACAAGAGCCAAGGAAAUUACAAUAUUGAUGCCAAUGAGUUUCCCUCUGAGGGUGUGGAUCAUAAUAGAAGUAGUAGCAGUAGGUGGACAGAAAUGGAGAUUUCAAAUUUGAUACAACUAAGGACUAGUUUUGAGCAAAGAUUCAGAGAAAAUAAUAAUGGGUACUUAUUGGAGAAUGGGCUUUGGGAUGAAAUAGCAGCAAAACUGGCUUGUUUGGGGUUUGAUAGGAGUGCAAGAGAGUGCAAGCAAAUAUGGGAUGAGAUUAGCAUCUCUCUGAGAAGGACAGUGGAUGAGUGUGAUGAUGGUGCAAAAAGAAGGCCUUGGUAUUUGGGACUUAAGCUGACGGAUGAUGAUGAUCUUUGACACAUUCUUGUUCUAACCGAAGGCAUAUCGAUCAGAGAGGUUAAGUAUAUAUGACACUUUGCUUUUGAUGAGUUCUGAGCGUGGAAAGGAAACUUGUGGGAGAAACAAUGCUAGGGCCCGAAAGGGUUAUUGAUUAGGACGUAGCAAGUUUAAGUUUGGAUCAUUCGCAAAUCACAAGGUAUUCUAGGCAAUGUUAUGUUUUUUUAUUUAUUAAUUAGGCCAUGUUAUCUUAAACUAUAUAUUUAAUUAAUAUAACGUAUGAGGACUUAUGCUUGAGUGUAA